UCACUCUCUGAUCUGAACAUUCCAGACACAAAAACCACUCUGCUGCUUCUCUUGCGAUCUAGGGUUUCCUCUUCCUCUUCUUCUUCACAUCGACCUUCGUUCUCUACUUUCCAUUCUCUCUCCUACUCGACUCAGCAAGAAAAUGGCGGUUUCUGCACGAACACCUGAUAUUAUGGGGGAACGCCUGUACGGACAGGACGUUCGAACUCAAAAUGGCACUCUCUCUCUCCCUCUCUCUCUCUCUGUGUACAUAUACAGAUAUAUAUAUAUAUAUUUGUAUAUGUCAUUUGGGGAAUGUGUGGGAAUGUGCAGUGAUGGCGUGUCAAGCAGUGGCAAACAUUGUCAAGUCUUCACUUGGCCCCGUUGGGCUUGACAAGAUGCUAGUUGAUAAUAUUGGUGACGUAACAAUUACUAAUGGUGGUGCUACAGUACUCAAGAUGUUAGAUGUUGAACAUCCAGCUGCCAAGGCACUUGUUGAAUUGGCUGAGCUUCAAGACCGAGAAGUUGGAGAUGGGACAACUUCAGUGGUCAUUAUAGCUGCAGAGCUGCUUAAGGGAGCAAAUGAUUUGGUGAGAAAUAAGAUUCACCCAACAUCCAUAAUAAGCGGUUAGAGACUUGCGAUGAGGGAAGCAUACAAAUAUGUUGAUGACAAAUUGGCUGUGAAGGUGGAAAAGCUUGGAAAAGACUCUCUUCUAAAUUGUGCCAAGACAAGCAUGUCCUCGAAGUUGAUAGCUGGUAACAGUGACUUUUUUGCUAAUCUGGUAGGCUAAUUGGUUUUUUUUUUUUUUAGCAAUGUUCAAUUGGUUUCUGGCCUUAAAUUGUUUAAUUUGCGAAUGGAAUUAAUGCAGAGGAGCUUCCAUACCGUAUUCAAUGAUUAAGCAAGUUAUUUGUGCCUUUCUUUGGUCUAUUAUUUAAAACUAUUUGCAGACAUAUAAUACGGCCAAGGGCCCUGAUGAAGAUCAUGAAAGGAAGAAAAAGAGCAAAUCUAAAAU